AUGCCUCAACACGUUGAUGUCAAGAGACGUCUCGCCCAGUUCGAGGAGUCUGCCAGAAGAAUAACAGGCCGUAUGGCAUCUCGGGCAAUGAGCUUGACCCAUUUGGACCUAAGUGGGCCUCGAGAAGAGAAUCAACCUCAUCCUCCUGGGUCGCCUCCCGAUGCAUGGCGGAGUAAUGAUGUACCAUCAUCCUGUCUCAACGACAUCAUGCUCACCCGCAAGGCUCCUGAUCCUAGUCCAGGCUCUCCGCAGCCAACCACUAUUGAGUUGAGCCCCAGCUACGCUCUGAAACUCCGAGUGCUGCAAGAGGGUGGAGCAGAAUGGCUGCCCUCUAACAGCUCCUCUCCAACACUACCUGCUUAUGACGAGCCAGGCCUCGCCGACCCGGGAAUUGACCUCCCCGAGCCGUGUCCCCAUCUCAGGGAAAUACUCAACGACUUCUUCGUUCUGUCCAAGAACAAGCCCGUAAUUUAUUUCAGCUUCACCAGCUCCGGGAACCGGGCUGCCGCCGAGCCGAAGAAGGCUAGUUCAUCUCGGACCUCUUUCCUGAAUUUUGAAUUCCUUGAAAACCCC